AUUUACGUAACUGCCUGCUCAGCAUGUGAUAUGUACCUUCUAUGGCAUGGAGAAGAUGAUGCCAUCGUGAUCGAAUGUUCUAUAUGCAUGGUGGCGGUUUGUCAACAUUUGGUUUUGACAUACAACUAGAAUAUCAAUAUAUUCUUAUGAAGUAGGUUACAGUGCCGGCCCGCGGUGCAAAUAGCCGAAGAUCCGCGACCCCGUGGGGUGCUGUGGAGUGGGUCAUAAUCAUUGCACAACGCUAAGUUACCUUUCCCGCCAAGCCAACCAAAUGAGCGCUAUGGUGGUGGACGAAGACGACGACGCAGCAUUUCAGGCAGACCUUGCAAGGGCCAUUGCGGCAAGCCUUGAGCCGGAUGGAGCGGGUGUUGGCGUCAGCGCGGGCCGCUGCUCCCCCUCGGUGCUGCCUGCUGAGGAUGAGGACGAUGAGUCCUUCCAGCGGCAGCUAGCAGCAGCAAUGGCUGCGAGCGUCCAGUGUGCGCAGGAGGACCAUCGUCGCCGCAGGCACGGACACUGUGACGGAGACGGCAGUUUUGGGGGAAGCGGCAACGGCGGAAAUGACGGCGGGUACGCCGUCCAAGCGCACCUGCAGCUGCAGCCCAGAGCGCAUCCGCCACUGCAACACCACCACCCACUUCAGCAGCAGCAAGAGGACGACGACGUGCAAAACAGUCUCAUUCCGCGCUACCUACCAACCCACCACCUGCCGGACUGCAGCGAGCUGCCUGAGCCGCAGCAACAGCUGCUGCCCCGGGCGGCACCGCUGCCCCGCGAGGGCGGUGGUGGCGCGGUUUGGUCCCCUGCCGGCCUGCUGCUGAAGCCCCUGGCGCCGUCCCAAGCAGCCGUAACGGGGUUCAUGCCGUCUGCGCUACCGCCAACCCUCGACGUCAACCAUCACAGCCAACCAGCAGGAACAGCCUACGUGCACCAGCAUGAGGGUUUGGGCUGUGGCACUAGCAGUAGGGGCAGCGGCGGUGGUAUGGAUGUUGGCCCAUGCGGCCCCUCCUUGUUGUCGCCGUUCGCUGUUGCUCCUGCAUCGUCGGCGCCGGCAGCAACGACUCAUGCCGUACCCUAUUUGGAUCCUGAGCUCUGGUGUCCCUCACGGGCGGUCGGAAACGCAGCAGCAACCCCAGUCGGACGAAAUGCAUACCCAGUUCCGACAGCAGAUGGCCCCGGGAUGUCACCGCUCUCAAAGCUAGCAGCGGUGGCAGCGUCCGCGGCGCAGACGCAUGCCGCGGCAGGCGGUUGCUGCGGUCAGGUGACGGCGGCGUGGCCUCAGGGACCCUGCGCCCCGGCGGACGCAGCAGCGGGGUUGCUUGCUUCGUCGCCCGCCAAGCAUGCUCGUCCGCCGUCGCUUGCCGGUGUGAGCGACUCUGCUCAACCGCUGAUGAAGCGCUCGCGAGCUGCGAGCGACGGCGGCGGCGAGGAGGCUUACCAGACGUCAUCCUUUAACUUCAACCGUGGGAUGGAAAGCAGCCACGGCCUAACAUCGGGGCGGGCUCAGGUCGCAGCAGCAUCAACAGCAACCGCAGAAGGAUAUGACGGCAAUGGGGAG